UCAAUGGUGGGGGAUGGUUCAUUACUCUUCCACCUCUUGCCGACACAGUUUAGCACGGAAUUCGAACCUAGUAGUUCUUGCAACUGCUGGUUCUAGCUCUGAUGAUUACCUUCCUUUCGACAUGUCUGUGGAAAAUGCUCUAAAAAUUCUUGGUGUGAAUAAAGGUUCUUCCUUUGAUGACAUCCUUAAUGCUAAGAACUCAAUUCUUGCAUCCUCCCAAAAUGACCCAGAGAUGGUGGAGCAGGUAGAGGCCGCAUAUGACAUGUUACUCAUGCAAAGUUUGAUGCAGCGCUGCGCAGGAAAAGUUGUGAAUAACGGCAUUCGUUAUGCUGAUGUUCAGACCGUAAAUGGUCCAGAUAUGAGCUCAACCCCUCAGUCAUUACAAGCUACACUCAAGCGUAUACCAGUUUCAGUUGAAGCACCAUCUGCCAACAACUUAGGGAUACACACAGGAGUUUAUGGAGCUUUAAUGGGUUUAACAUAUAUCAAUGGAGCCUCCGUAUCAUCCGGGGAACUUUAUGCUGGGGCUGACAUUCCUGGACUAAUAUUAGCUGCUGGCUUUGGAGCGUCAAUAUACUUGUUGACGAAAAAAAAUAACAACCCAAGAAUGUCUGCGGUCGUAACUAUUGGGAGACUUGUGGCGGGUGCAACGAUGGGAUCAGCUGUAGAGGACCGGUUGCAAGUGGAUACCAUUCCAUUUUUAGGGAUACGUUCCCCUGCUGUGGUAGUAAGUGAAUUUAUACUCUUUUCCCAGUUCUUGGUGUCAUUGUAUGUAAAAUAGGAAUUUUCUGUGAAACAAGAUCCCCCUGUAACCUUCUAAACACAGACUAACUGUAAAUAUGUAACUUGAACUUAUUAAUGAUGCAAUAUGUUUCACAAUCAGUUGAAUCUAUUUACAUUCUACGAA